UAUGAUCUUGUGACCCAGCAGAACUGACAUUGCUCAAGUUUAAUAAAUCACAGUGCAGUCUUUCUCUCAACUAGAUGAACUUUAAAUAGACUUUUUUAGUUAUAACUUUUUAAAAUUAAUAUUUUAAUUUUAAACAAUUAAAAUAUUUAAAAUGUGGACAUACUAUUUUUUACUCUCGUUAUGUAUCAUUACUCAAGUGCAAUCAAAACAGAUUGAUCUAUCAUAUCGUGGAUUAAAAAAAGAAGAUUUUUUCGCUCGUCUUCAGUCAACUAUCAACAUUCGUGAAGUUACUGAUUUAAAUUUAAAAGGCAAUAGAUUUGACAAUUUUAUAGAUUGCUCAACACAUCUAGAUCAUAUGAAGACUUUAGAUCUUGCUGAAAAUCAUUUAGGACAAUUUCUUUUUCUUUGCAAUGAUGGCUAUGCACUUGAGUCUCUCAAUGUUAGUCACAAUUUUCUUGAAUACAUUGAUGACAGUUCACUCAAUAAUAAAGUAUCAAAAUUAAAAAUACUGGAUCUUUCAUUUAAUAAACUUAGCACUAUUAAUGAAACAAUGCUACAGCACAUGAAGAUUCUAGAAUUUCUAUCAGUUGCUAGUAAUCCAAUUGUUAAUUUACAUGAAAAUGCAUUUAAAAAUCAAAAAUCCAUGAUUCACUUGGAUCUGACAAAUGUAUCACAAGUAUUUUUUCCAUCAACAUUAUUCAAAGCAAUGACCAAUCUUUCAUAUCUCAAUAUUUCACAUAAUAAAAUUGAAAUAUUGCCUUAUUUGCCACUCAGUCUAGAGGAGCUGGAUAUUUCUUCUACCAAUAUUCUUUAUGUUGAUAAUUUAAUAUUUCCACGAAUGAUGAAAUUUUACAUGAAUCAUAUGCCAAAUAUAACUGAAGUUGUUUUAAAUGAUUUUGAAAAUCUUACAAUGUUGGAAAUACUGUCUAUGGAAAAUAAUCCAAUAUUAUCUGAGUUUCGUGUUUGGCCACCAAAUAGUAGAAUAUUACCACGUCUUCAGCAUCUUUCAGUACGAGGUUGUGCAUUGGAAACAUUGACAGAUGAUCUUCGACCAAUAAUGCAAAGAGUUUCAAUUGUUGAUUUACAAAAUAAUCCAUGGCAUUGUGAUUGUCGAAUGCAGUGGGUCAAUAGAUUAAAUUUAUCAAAUGAACUUAGUCGUGAAAUUAAAUGCAAAACACCAGAUCAACAUACAAAAAAAAUACUUGCAGAAAUACCAAAUCAUGAAUUAGUCUGUGUGGAAAUAUCAACAAUUGGAUAUACAGCAAUAUUAGUAUCAACUACAAUUAUAUUACUUGUAAUAUUGGUUGGUGGAUUUUGGAUAUUUUGGAAAGGUCCAUUGAGACAAUGGUCAUUACCAAAACGUGGUACCGAAACAGUAUCAUAUAAAAAUGUUGUUGAAUCAUCAAAUGAUUUAAUAAGUCAUUUAAUAGUCGCUGAUGAUCACAAUGACGAGUGAAUUAUAAUUAUUAUUUCAUAUAUUUUGUAUAUAAAAAAAAUAUACAUCAAUCUAAUGAUGCUUGUAUAAAUUUUUGUACCGUUUAUAAAAUAACUUGAAGAUAAUUACAAAACUCAAAGUAGAUAAUAUACAAAAGAAAUACAAAAAUGAUGAUGUUGUUGGCUUUUUAAAAAAUUUUUUUUUUAAUAUAAAAAAAGUAUUAUUCAAUGUUACUUUUAAACUUGUAUGUAUCAAGUUUUUAUCUGUAUUCCAUGCGUUAUAAUUCAUUUAUAUAUAGUGUGUGUGUGUUUGAUGUAUAUAUACAAACAUGAUAUAUGUUUUUGUGUUUAUAAAUUUAAAUUGAUGUACCACAUAAAUGUCACAAUGGACUGCGUGAAAACAUUUCAAUUACGGUUCAU